AGAAUAUAGUUGACCUUGUACAGAUUUUAUAAACAUUCUCUAGUUUUUAUCUGUGACUAAAAUAAUGGAACUUGAAACCUGUGAAAAGACCAAGAACCAUUCCAAGAAAUGGAAUGAUGCAUCUAUAUUAAUGCUUGUGCUUCCUCGUAUAAUUUUCCUAGUAGAUUGAAAAUAAAACUCUUUUUCUUUUGCUUGAGAUGAAUCAAUCUUUAUUUCUUGUGGUGCUAAGUCUGAUAAUUCUUUUGAAUGUCGCACGAUCUGGUGCUAAGAGCAAGGUUCAUAUAGUGUAUUUGGGUGAGAAGCAGCAUGAUGAUCCCAAGCAUGUCACAGAAUAUCAUCACCAGAUGUUGUCGUCACUUCUUGGAAGUAAAGAGGAUGCACAUGACUCAAUGGUGUAUAGUUACCGACAUGGUUUUUCAGGAUUUGCCGCAAGGCUCACCAAGUCCCAAGCCAAGGAACUGGCUGAUUCACCAGAAGUUGUUCAUGUCAUGCCUGAUGGGUACUAUGAACUCGCAACAACUCGGACUUGGGACUAUUUAGGCCUAUCUGCUGCACAUCCGAAGAAUCUCCUAAAUGAUACUAACAUGGGUGAACAUGUUAUCAUUGGCGUUAUUGACACAGGAGUGUGGCCAGAGUCUGAAUCAUUUAGUGACAAUGGGGUUGGAGCAAUACCAAAGCGAUGGAAAGGAGGGUGUGAACCAGGAGAAGAUUUCAAGUCAACUAAUUGCAACAGAAAGCUUAUAGGAGCCAAGUACUAUAUCAAUGGGUUUCUUGCUGAAAACGAUGGAUUCAAUUCCACAAAAUCACCUGACUACAUUUCUCCUAGAGACUUUAACGGCCAUGGCACGCACGUAGCCUCUAUUGCAGGUGGUUCCUUUGUUCCCAACGUAAGCUACAAGGGACUUGCUGGAGGAACCUUGAGAGGUGGUGCACCUCGUGCUCGCAUAGCAAUGUACAAGGCUUGUUGGUAUCUCGAAGAGCUGGAAGGAGUGACUUGUUCAUUUUCUGAUAUCAUGAAAGCGAUGGACGAUGCUAUUCAUGAUGGUGUUGAUGUUUUGUCACUCUCUCUAGGUAGUCGGGUUCCUCUGUUUUCCGAAACGGAUAUGCGUGAUGGGAUUGCUACUGGAGCAUUCCAUGCAGUUGCAAACGGUAUUACUGUUGUUUGUGCUGGUGGUAACGCUGGCCCAUCAGCUCAGACCGUGGUGAACACGGCUCCUUGGAUAUUAACAGUGGCUGCAACCACUCUGGACCGGUCAUUUGCCACACCUAUUACACUUGGGAACAAUAAAGUCAUAUUGGGUCAAGCAAUGUACACAGGUCCGGAACUUGGCUUUACUAGUUUGGUUUACCCAGAGGAUCCUGGGAACAGUAAUGAUACAUUUACUGGUGAGUGUGAGUCCCUUAAUCUCAACUCCAACCGUACAAUGGCUGGGAAAAUUGUGCUGUGUUUCACAACAACAAGAGGUUACACUACUGUAUCAAGAGCUGCAUCUUUUGUGAAAAGAGCCGGCGGUCUUGGCCUGAUCAUCGCAAGAAACCCAGGGCACACUCUCAAUCCAUGUAAAGAUGAUUUCCCCUGUGUGGCUGUUGACUACGAGCUUGGGACAGAUAUACUUUUCUACAUACGUUCCAAUGGAUCACCUGUUGUGAAGAUACAACCUUCUAGAACAAUGGUAGGACAACCUGUAGGGUCAAAGGUGGCAACUUUCUCAUCAAGAGGACCUAACUCCAUUUCCCCAGCGAUUCUAAAACCUGACAUAGCAGCACCAGGAGUGAGCAUAUUAGCUGCUACAUCUCCCAAUGCCACCUUCAAUGCUGGAGGAUUUGUUAUGCUUUCAGGAACAUCGAUGGCGACUCCCGCAAUUUCAGGAGUUGUUGCACUUCUCAAAUCUUUGCAUCCUGAUUGGUCCCCUGCUGCUUUUAGAUCAGCUAUUGUCACUACAGCUUGGAGAACAGAUCCGUUUGGAGAGCAGUUACCAGCAGAAGGGUCAUCUCGCAAAGUAGCUGACCCGUUUGAUUACGGUGGAGGCCUCGUGAACCCAGAGAAAGCUGCAGAACCAGGCCUCAUAUACGACAUGGGCCCAAAAGACUACAUUCUCUACUUGUGCUCCGUCGGUUACAACGACUCAUCUAUCUCUCAACUUGUCGGUAAAGGAACAGUCUGUACAGACCCAAAACCUUCUGUUCUUGAUAUGAACUUGCCUUCAAUCACCAUUCCAAAUCUAAAAGAUGAAGUCAUUCUCACAAGAACCGUUACUAACGUUGGACCAGUUCAUUCAGUCUACAAAGUCGUGGUCGAGCCUCCGCUUGGGGUUCGAGUGGUUGUGACGCCGAAGAAACUAGUGUUUAACUCCAAAACCAAAAGUGUUUCCUUCACGGUACGAGUCUCGACCACACACAAAAUCAACACUGGGUACUACUUUGGAAGCUUGGUUUGGAGUGACUCUGUGCGUAAGGUGACUAUUCCUGUGUCUGUGAGAACGCAGAUUCUGCAGAACUACUACGAUGAGAACUGAUGACUUAUGGAUCUUUAUGUGUUUGCGAGAAUAAAGCAUCAAUAAUCAAAGUUAAUAUGGGGGACAUUACAUAGGCCUCUUAUGUUCCGGCCAUUUUAUCACAACCCUGAUUCUACGUAAAUUUGGAUUUGUUAUUCUGCAUGCAGAACCGAGAUCUCUAAAUAAUUGAUUUAUAUAAUGAUAAAAUAGAAUUAAAAUUCUUGAUACUACAUUUUAGAAACAAAAACGAUUUGUGCAGAGACGAGACACUCUUUCUGUAUUUGUAGUUGUUUAUAGUGUAACGGUUUGAGAAAAAAGUAGUCUAGUAUAAAUGUUGUAUUCUUAACAUGAAAACAAAAGACAAUAUUGUGAGAUUGAUGAUGUUGCUGUUGUUCGUGUGUGUUCUGAAUUCAAAGAAGGAAGUUGGAUUUUGCAAUUCUAUGCAAAACCCAAAGUAUGUUUCAUGUACAUAGUGAUAACGGAAUCUGAAAAAAAGGAAUUAACAUUUCGACAUCGGAAAAAACACGAGAACGACACGUAACAACACGUAAUAAGUCUGAAUCACUUAUAUGGAGUCAUGAUACCUCUGUAUAAUUAAAAAAAAAAAAGCAAUCUCAGACUUUAUAUUCUCUAUUUAGUUAUGGGGAAAUUGCCAAAACGGAACAAAAAAAUAGCAUGGUUGUCCUUUUGGUACAAAACCUUUUUUUUUCCAUUUUGUCUCAUUUUUACUCUUUCCAAUUUUGAAACUAAAUAAAAUAAAUAGUUUUAUGAAUCAAAAAAAAAUGUUAAAAAUAUAAAUAAUUAAUAAAACACAAAUAUACACAAAUACAUUUUUUUGUCAAAAAUCUUGAUAAAUAAAUUUUUUAAAUUACGUUAUAAUAAAAGUAGAAUUAGUGUUCUACGGAAAAUGAGUUAAUAGAAAACGAAUUCAAAUAUUAACAAGUCUAUCUACUUUUUUAGAACAUAUAAUUUACUUUUAAUUAAAAUUCUAAAUAUAAUGAAUGCAAAUUCUACUGAUUGUAAAGAUAUCUACUUUUAUUUCGAAUGCAACUUCUACUUCUAUGAAGUAUUCUAAAAUUUCGGGAAUGCGAAAUCUAGAUACAACACGUACGUCUACAUGGCGUAGAAAGCGCAUUCAGGAUUUAUGUCAUUGUUUUACACGUUGUGGAAGGUGUCUUCUACGGAUAAGAAAACUUGUUUUUCAAAAAUUAAGGAAAUUUCAGUUAAAUAAUAUUCUUAAAAUAUUCUAAUUUCCUAAAAUGUGUUUUGAUCGAUUUGCUUUGCCAAAAUAUCAAAAAAAAAACGAUUUUGCCUUCUCUUCUUCAUCAAUAUAUGAUUUCUCCAUAGUUUAUCUUGUAAUUUUCACAAACUCUUGUUAUAUGAUGCAUAUCUAUACAACAUGUGGUGUUUGGGAAUUAGGUGCAACUACUGAAUGGGUUUUUCGGCUGAUGACAAAAGGGGUAGGCUACUGUUAUUGGAAUCAAGUUUUACCUUAGAUGAUUUUAAAAUAAUGAUUUUGAAGGAUUUUGGUAUGGAAGAAUAUAGCUUAGACGAUUUGGAGUUGAGUUAUCUACCUGCUGAGUUGAUCAAUACAUCAACAUGUCCACCUGUGAUUAUUGCAAAUGAUCGAUAGCUUAAGAAUUUUGUUGGUGUUGCUAAAAGGAGCGUUUCUACUCGAUUGUGUGUAACAUAUAAAGUGAAGGUUGAGAAUCUAAAUUAAGCAGACUUUGAUCUUAACAAGUCGCCAGUAGAUUCAAGUACUGAUGAAGAGGAGAAAAACUUGUUUUACAGAGGGGACGAAUCAGCUACUGUGUUUGAUGAAAGGCAGAGCGAGAAGCAGAAAGAAAAGAUUAAAGGAGUUGAAGUUGAUGAGGCUGCCGAUGAUGUUGAUACCAUGAACUCUGAAAAAGAGAAUAAACAUAAUAUGUCAAAGUAUUCUCUGCAAGAAGGAAUAAUUUUUUACAACAAAACUUCGUUGAAGGCGAUUUUCGAGAUAUGUGCAAUGAAACAUAACUUUGACUAUCAGGUUAUCAAAUCAUAUUGAUAGCUUUGGUAUGUUAGAUGUGCGGACAAUGCAUGCAACUGGGCUGUUCGAGCAGACUGUUUGAAGGAUUCUACAUAUAUUAUUAUCAAAAAGUAUGUCGGUGAACAUACAUGUGCACCUUCAAGCAAAAACCAAAGUAAGACUGCUUCGGCAAAAACUAUAUGCAGUCUUAUUAUGCAUAAGUAUGAAGGUGUCAAGGAAGGGCCCAAAUAUAAUGAUACCAUACAAGUUAUGCGUAUGGAUCAUGGAUGUGAGAUCUCAAAAUCUUUAGCAUGAGAUGCGCGUGAAUAUGCGAUCAAUGCAGUUAGAGGUAUUCGAAAGAGAAGUUAUGGGAAAAUGCCAAAAUACUUACACAUGCUGAGAGAGGCUAAUCCGGGUACACAUUUAUCUUAAGAGAUUGACAGCACUGGGAGAUUUCGGUACCUGUUUAUUGCAUUUGGGCAAUCGAUAAGAGAAUUUAACAGAGUUAUGAGGCGGGUUAUUGUGGUCGAUGGAACUUUUCUGAAGAAUAAUUACAAAGGAGUUUUAUUGGUUGCAACUUCUGUAGAUGGAAACUCUAAUUUGUAUCAUGUUGCAUUCGGAGUAGUCGACUCAAAGAAUGAGCGUUCUUGGGAAUGGUUUAUGAGACAACUAAAAGUUGUCAUUGCUGAUGAUCAUCAUUUGGCUUUUUUUCGGACAAACAUGUGGCCAUCGAGAAAGCGCUUGAGAACGUGUUUCCGACAGCUAGACAUGGUAUUUGUAUUCAUCAUUUGUUGAAUAAUGUGGUAACAUAUUUCCAUGGAAAAUGAGUUGCUGGGUUGGUUUCAAAGGCGUCCAAGGCUUAAAGAGUUGCUGAUUUUGAAAAGACAUUUUCUAGUGUAUGUAAUAUCAGUCCGACAAUUGAAAAUUACCUACGGGAGGCUGAUGUGAAAAAAUGGGCUAGAUGUUAAUUCUCUAGAUACAUAUAUGACAUAAGGACAACCAACCCUGCUGAAUCCAUCAACUUUGCUUUGCGUUAACCGAGAGAGUAUCCAGUCAUUCCUUUGAUUGACAGUGUCAUGGAAAUGUUGUCUUGGUGGUUUUAUAAGCGUAAGAAACUGAUUUCAAAGCAUAAACAUCCUCUGGCCAAAGAUAUGGAGAAGAAGGUUGAUAGGCGAACCGGGAAAGGCAAAAUAUUUACAGUUUAUCAUGUCACUGAUGGUCUAUUUCUUGUUAGAGGGGAGAAAAUCAACUGCUUAGUUGCUUUGGAUAUACGGACUUGCUCAUGUGGAAAGUAUGAUCUGAUGAAGAUCCCUUGUACACACGCAAUUAAAACUGGUUUUCAUGUUGGCAGAGAGCCACACAUAUUGACUGAUUUGAUGUACACGACAUGAGCUUGGAGAGAAGAUUAUCAGGAAAGCAUAAAUCCUAUUGAUGUUCCUGAGGAUGCUUGGUCCAUACCAGAAGAUGUUGAGGAAGUCAAUGUGCUACCACCAUACACAAGAAGAUCAGUUGGAAGGAAAACAAAACCCAGAUACGAAAGCGUUGAAGAUAAAAUUUGGUCCUCACAAACAUCGCAAAAGAGGCACCCUCGCAAGUGUAGUAGAUGUGGCAUGAGUGGUCACAACAUAAAAACUUGUCAAAUACCAAUCUAGUCAGAACAAAUGGUAAGGGUCGGCUUAUAUUGUCUCAUUAAUUUGUCUUUCAUAGUCGGUUUGUUUCGUGACUUAUAUUAAAGAAGCCACUGAAUCAUAACAACAAACAAAGCAUUACAUUCAUGGAGUUAUCAUUACACAAACAUUCAAGCAUAUUACACAUUACAAACCUAUUACACAAACUUGUUCCAUUGCUUAUUACAAUAUCCGAAAGUGUUACAUAAUAUUACACAGUGAAAAUGUUAAGUUCCAAGUACAACCUAGCUCCAAUAGCCUAGCUCUAGCACCCUAACUCAAGCAUCCUAGUUCCAAGUACAUCAAGUCCUACACUUUCUUUUAGGAAGUACCUUUUUCUUUGCUGGAGCUUGAACGGUUUUACUCUUAGGUGGAGCUUCAUCAGUUUUGCUCUUAGGAACGCUUCCUUCAGCACUCAAUCUGAUUGCUUCCCUGAGCUGUGAAACCUCACUCUCCAUGUCGCCCAUCCUCUCUUUAAACAUGCUCUCCAUAUUCGGCAUUUGCAUUCUGAGUAUAUCGCCCAAGGAAUUGACAGACAAGUGGACUAAACCCUCAAUGAAACUCUUAGUUUCACGAUCAAUACUCUGUUUUUUUUUUUGAUGUUCGCUUACACAAUAAUUUCUUCUUUCUUGUCUCGGCUCCUUCAUCGUGAAUAUUUUUCUUGCCUUUUCCAGCAACAUUAAACGAAGAUGUCUCUACGUCUGCUGCAAUAUCAGUAUCAUCCACACUCUUAUCAGCUUCUGACUUCGUAUCCUAUGUAUCAGCUUCCUCCAUUUCAGUCUCAUCAGGUUAAAUAACUGGCCAUUCUGUAUUGCUCUAAUCAAACCUUUUUUUUAAUCCUAUUAAAAAGAAUGUUCAUUCGUUCAUCUUCCAUCUUAUCCUUCCUUGGAUAAUCAGCAUGCAGAAAACACAUCACCAUUACCAGUCACUGAGAUGACCGAGAACAAGUCACCCUACAAAACAAUUAUAACAUUAAAAGCUAUAAAAUAUAUAUACGACAACCAUAUAAAAGAAUCAAUAAAUAUACAUACCUUCUCAGUAAAUGAGCCAUCAAGUUGAAUGAUGUCUUCAUAAGAAACUUUUGCAACUCCUUUUCAGUUGCCACACCUUGGACCUCUGAAACUGUCUGAGACUCUUCUGCCACAUAUUUCUCCAAAAUCCGGAAUUGUUUCCAUAAUCCAAAUCUAGAAAGCAUAGGAGAAGCCCUAAAAAAUGUAGCUGUUCUUCUUACCCAACUUCUUCCUAGCCUUCUCAAUGGAACUCAGCAAGAAUUCAUACGAGUGAAGACCCUAAUGGAACUUCUAAAGCUUGUCAAGAUCCAUCACAAGAUUGAUGUACAUAUGAGGGAUGUUCACCUUCUCAUCUCUCCCCAUCACUACACCCAUUAUCACGCACAAGUAGAUCAACCUCAUCCUAUCGCCACGAGUCCAGUUGUGAACUUCUUUUAGAUGCAUAUUUUUGAUCGACUGCAAGGUUAUCUUACCACCUGUCCUUAGUAGUUCACUCCAAAAUUCCCCGUCUUUUUCCAUUUAACUACGUCACAGAUACUUUCCCGCGAAAUAUUGAGGCUUGUCACAGCGUCCUGAAGCGAAAACUGGAGAGGUGUUCUCGCAAAGACAAACUACUUCUCAUGCAUCUUCGAGGUAAUCAGCUGCUUACACAAGAAGUUAUCCACCAAUUUCCCCGAAAACUUGAGCUUAUUUUCUGCAAUAGCCAUGAUAUGUUUGAAAACAUGAUCUAUCUUCACAUCAUCGUACUAUGCAGACAUAUCUUUCUUAAGAUCCCUUAUACGUUCCAUGCGGCAGCAGUUGUUGAUCUUUUUCACCUGAGGUUCCAAACUCUCUGCAUACACUCGCUUAGGUAGCUCUAAAUCCAUAUCUACAAGACAAAAAAUUGAUUAUUGUUAAGCAAGCUAAGACAAUUCACAAAGGAAAUGAGUUGAUAUAAUAGAAAACUAAGACAAGAUUGUUAUGUAAAAACACAUAGACUAUCAUUCUGUUCAUAUAAUCAUUUAAGCAAAUUAAGUGAAGAUUUUUAUAUAAAAACACAAAGACUAUCAUCCUGUUACAGUGAAACAUAGACAAACUACAAGCAAACAAAAUCAAUUAACCAACCCAAACAAAACUGUUUUCACUUGCAAACAGAGACAAAGUACAAGUAAAAAUGUCACUAGAAAACAAAGACAAAGUACAAGUAAAACUGUCACUAGCAAACAGAGACAAACCACUUGUAGUGACAAUUUGAAUAUUGUAUGCAUGAUAAGCAAGCAAAACAUCAUUAUAGAAAUGAAACCAAAUAUGACAUUGUAUGAACUACAAGCAAACAGAGACAAACUACAAGCAAAGAAAAUCAAAU